UGGGAUGGGCCAUCUGGUUAAAAAUGCAGCGCGAACGUAGGGCGGCGAGAGCAGAGCACAUCGAGUCAGAGCAGGCGGCGGCAUCGACCAUCGAUGGAAGCGCCAAGCCUCGACGCAGCUCUCAUCUCCGACAGCGAAGGAGGAGGAGGAGGGGCUAGGACCUCCGGGGAGCUUUUCUUGGCAGAGGUGAAGAAGCAGCUGUGGUUGGCCGGCCCGCUUGUCGCCGCCAGCUUGUUGCAAAACAUUCUCCAGGUCAUCUCCGUCAUGUUCGUCGGCCACCUCGGCGAGCUCGCUCUCUCCGGCGCCUCCAUGGCCACAUCCUUCGCCGGCGUUACUGGCUUCAGCUUCUUGCUGGGAAUGAGUACAGCGUUGGAUACUAUGUGUGGGCAAGCUUUUGGAGCAAAGCAGUACCAUAUGCUGGGCAUACACAUGCAGAGAGCCAUGCUUAUUCUAACACUAGUUUGCAUUCCAGUUUCUGUGAUCUGGUUCUACACAGGCUCAAUUCUUACUCUGUUUGGUCAAGAUCCAGAAAUAGCUGCAGAAGCUGGAGCCUAUUCUCGAUGGAUGAUUCCCACCCUUUUCGCGUAUGGCCUCAUACAGUGUCAUAACAGGUUCCUCCAGACACAGAACAUUGUGUUCCCAAUGAUGCUGAUCACCAGCGUUACCGCUCUGUUGCACAUUCUUGUGUGCUGGAUUCUGGUGUACAAAUCUGGCCUCGGAAGCAGGGGUGCUGCCUUGGCAAAUGGCAUCUCUUAUUGGACGAUUCUGCUGCUCUUGGGAUUGUAUGUGAGGCUGUCUCCUGCCUGCAAAAGGACUUGGCUUGGUUUCUCCAAGGAGGCUUUGAAUGACUUCUCUCACUUCUUCAAAUUAGCGGUUCCUUCAGCUACUAUGGUAUGUUUGGAGUUCUGGUCGUUCGAGUUGCUUGUUCUUCUCUCGGGAAUUCUUCCAAAUCCAAAGUUAGAAACAUCAGUGUUGUCAAUAAGCCUUAACACUGCUUCAAUGGUAUUCAUGAUCCCUUUUGGCUUUGGAGCUGCAGUGAGCACACGUGUUUCGAAUGAACUUGGAGCUGGCCGUCCACGAGAUGCAAAGUUAGCGGUAAAGGUUGUGGUAUUCCUGGCCAUUACAGAAGGCUUGCUAGUAGGCUCAACCAUGAUCCUGGUGAGAAAUAUAUGGGGUUAUGCUUACACUAAUGUCGACGAAGUUGUUAAAUACGCAACUAUUAUGAUGCCAAUUCUUGCUACCUCAAACAUGCUUGAUGGAAUCCAAUGCGUGCUCUCAGGUGUUGCAAGAGGAUGCGGGUGGCAAAAGAUUGGUGCUUUUAUUAAUCUUGGAGCUUAUUAUGUCGUCGGCAUUCCUGCAGCUGUAAUAUUAGCUUUUGGUCUCCAUGUUGGUGGCAAGGGCCUAUGGAUCGGCAUAAUCUGUGGUCUCACCGUGCAAGUUUUGCUGCUUUCAAGCGUUACAUAUUUCACUAACUGGGAGAAUGAAGCUAACAAGGCAAAGGAGAGAGUGUUCAAUUCCUCCAUGCCCAAAGAUAUGCAGCCUGAUGUGUAGCGACUAGCAGAGUGUUCAAUCCCUCUAAUUGGGAAGUCUUCUGAAAGCAGAGCAGAGACUGCAAUAGGAGUAAUAAUUUGUACUUGUUUCUCCAGCAUAUUUGCUUUGUAAUUGAAAUUGGAGAAGGGUGAAAACUAUUUACACUAUAAGAAAAGUCAUCUUCUGUACGAGCUAACCAUGGAGAACAACCACACCAAAAUAAUUUUUUCUUUA